AUGGAGAUCUCUUCCCCAGACAUGUCUGGGGUAGCUGCAGAGAGGUGCUCCAGCCCCUCCACUCAGCUGAGUACAGACCCAUCUCUUGACGGGCUUCCGGCAGCUGAAGACAUGCCAGAGACCCAGACUGAAGAUGGGAGAACCUCCGGACUCGUGGGCCUGGCAGUUCCCUGCUGUGUCUGCCUGGAAGGCGAGCGCCUGAGAGGUUGCCUCAACUCGGAGAAAAUCUGCAUUGUCCCCAUUCUGGCUUGCCUCGUCAGCCUCUGCCUCUGCAUUGCCGGCCUCAAGUGGGUAUUUGUGGACAAGAUAUUUGAGUAUGACUCUCCCACUCACCUUGACCCCGGGGGGUUAGGCCAGGACCCUAUUAUUUCUCUGGAUCCAACUGCUGCCUCAGCUGUGUGGGUAUCAUCUGAGGCAUACACUUCACCUGUCUCUAGGGCUCAAUCUGACACUGAGGUUCAAGUUACAGUGCAAGUUGACAAUGCUGUUGUGUCCUCUGAACCUUCAGCGGUACCCACCCCGAAGAAUCGUAUUUUUGCCUUUUCUUUCCUGCCGUCCACUGCACCAUCCUUCCCGUCACCCACUCGGAGCCCUGAGGUGAGAACACCCAAGUCAGCAACUCAGCCACAAACAACAGAAACUAAUCUUCAAACUGCUCCUAAACUUUCUACGUCUACAUCUACAACCGGGACAAGCCAUCUUGUAAAGUGUGCAGAGAAGGAGAAAACUUUCUGUGUGAAUGGAGGCGAGUGCUUCAUGGUGAAAGACCUUUCAAACCCCUCAAGAUACUUGUGCAAGUGCCCAAAUGAGUUUACUGGUGAUCGUUGCCAAAACUACGUAAUGGCCAGCUUCUACAAGCAUCUUGGGAUUGAAUUUAUGGAAGCGGAAGAGCUCUACCAGAAGAGAGUGCUGACCAUCACCGGCAUCUGCAUCGCCCUGCUUGUGGUUGGCAUCAUGUGUGUGGUGGCCUACUGCAAAACCAAGAAACAGCGGAAAAAGCUUCAUGACCGGCUUAGGCAGAGUCUUCGGUCUGAACGGAACAACAUGGUGAACAUAGCCAAUGGGCCUCACCACCCUAAUCCACCCCCCGAGAACGUCCAGCUGGUGAAUCAAUACGUAUCUAAAAAUGUCAUCUCUAGUGAGCAUAUUGUUGAGAGAGAAGUGGAGACAUCUUUUUCCACCAGUCACUAUACCUCAACAGCUCAUCAUUCCACUACUGUCACCCAGACUCCUAGUCACAGCUGGAGCAAUGGACACACUGAAAGCAUCAUUUCGGAAAGCCACUCUGUAAUCAUGAUGUCAUCAGUAGAAAACAGUAGGCACAGCAGCCCAACGGGGGGCCCAAGAGGACGUCUUAAUGGCAUGGGAGGCCCUCGUGAAUGUAACAGCUUCCUCAGGCAUGCCAGAGAAACCCCUGACUCCUACCGAGACUCUCCUCAUAGUGAAAGGUAUGUGUCAGCAAUGACCACCCCAGCUCGUAUGUCACCUGUAGAUUUCCACACGCCAAGCUCCCCCAAAUCGCCCCCUUCGGAAGUGUCUCCACCAGUGUCCAGCACGACGGUGUCCAUGCCCUCCAUGGCAGUCAGCCCCUUCGUGGAAGAAGAGAGACCUCUGCUUCUCGUGACCCCACCAAGGCUGCGGGAGAAGUAUGACCACCACUCUCAGCAAUUCAACUCCUUCCACCACAACCCUGCGCAUGAGAGCAACAGCCUGCCCCCUAGCCCCUUGAGGAUAGUGGAGGAUGAGGAGUAUGAAACGACCCAGGAGUACGAGCCAGCUCAAGAGCCUGUUAAGAAACUCGCCAACAGCCGGCGGGCCAAAAGAACCAAGCCCAAUGGCCACAUUGCCAACAGAUUGGAAAUGGACAGCAACACAAGUGCUGAGAGCAGUAACUCAGAGAGUGAAACAGAAGAUGAAAGAGUAGGUGAAGAUACGCCUUUCCUGGGCAUACAGAACCCCCUGGCAGCCAGUCUUGAGGCAGCACCUGCCUUCCGCCUGGCUGACAGCAGGACUAACCCAGCAGGCCGCUUUUCUGCACAGGAAGAAUUGCAGGCCAGGCUGUCUAGUGUAAUCGCUAACCAAGACCCUAUUGCUGUAUAAAACCUAAAUAAACACAUAGAUUCACCUGUAAAACUUUAUUUUAUAUAAUAAAGUAUUCCACCUUAAAUUAAACAAUUUAUUUUAUUUUAGCAGUUCUGCAAAUAGAAAACAGGAAAAAAAAACUUUUAUAAAUUAAAUAUAUGUAUGUAAAAAUGUGUUAUGUGCCAUAUGUAGCAAUUUUUUACAGUAUUUCAAAACAAGAAAGAUAUCAAUGGUGCCUUUCUGUUAUGUUAUGUCAAGAGCAAGUUUUGUACAAUUACCGUGUUUGCUUUUCCACAGUAUUUUAGCAAAACCUCCCAUCUAUUCAGUUUUUGCUGGCUUCUUGUGCAUUGCACUAUGAUGUUGACUGGAUGUAUGAUUUGCAAGACUUGCAACUGUCCCUCGUUUGCUUCCAGUAGCCCCCAGUCAGUACAUCCUGUAAUGGCACACCCAUCCAAAUACUCUUCUCUUUUGUAUGAACUUUUCUUUUGCCUUCAGCGUAUGAAAUGAGUUGUGUCUACUCUGCCAGCCAAAGGUUUGCUUCAUUGGGCUCUGAGAUAAUAGUAGAUCCAACAGCAUGCUACUAUUAAUUACAGCAGGAAACUGCAUUAAGUAACGUUAAAUAUUAGGAAGAAAGUAAUAUCGUGAUUUUUUAAAAACUAUAUUAUUAAUCAGAAGACAGCUUGCUCUCACUAAAAGGAGCUACCAUUUACUUUAUUUUGAUUUAUUUUUCUUGACAAAAAGCAACAGUUUGGGGAUAGCAUAGAAAAUGGGUUUGGCUUGCUAUUGGAGUAAACCCAACAUCUUAUAAGAGGACUCAAUUUCACUUUCUCUUCGGGGAAUGACACAGCGGGUCAUCUAGUUGAAGAUCAAACCAUGGCUAAAAAAGGUGCAAUCAUUCCUGGCUUGUGUUUUUCACUGGUUUUGGAGCUCGUGAUUGGUUGUGUCUUCUUGGCUCAAGAACAGACGUGUGAUGGCACAAAAACCCCUGCUUAAACAGCAUACUCUGCCAUUUGUCUGAAAUAAUUCUAGAGUGAAAUGUAUCUGCUGUCCAUAGUGAUAAUUUGUCAUCUUACGGAAAUAUUUCCAUCGUUGAGUGUCUAGAAGUACUGAAUGGAUAGAAGAUACUAGUGGGGAAUGGCUGUGUGACUUGGUUGCAAUUUUAAACAGUUUUGUUGACCACUCUUUUCUCCUCAUUAUUUUUCUCUUGUUUUUUCAUGUUGCCUUGAUUAGGUCAUAACUGUGCAUGAAGAUUUUUGUCAGGAAUGGCCAAUGUGUAUGUGAUUUGUGAUUAGUAAGAACUUUCCACGAGUGAGGAUUCACCAGGAAAUGUCAAUAGUGUUGGAAAGAUUGCACCUUUACUUGCAGAAAUGACCCCCACCUGUGUCCCGACCUCUCAAUCUGCAGCCUGCAUCACCCAUUUUUCCCCUUUCUUACUUUUUGCUUUAUUGCCACAAAACAGGACUAAGAUGGGUCUAAGCUUUGCAUGUUCUCUUGUGAUUGUAAAUCCAAGGAAGGCCUAUAGGUAUUAACAUUUGAAAUAGCUGCUAAUUCAGGAAAAUAAGAGAAUUUUUUAAAAAAAUGCAGGACCCAUUUCAUGCCCUGCCUGAUAUCUGUCAAAUCAGUCUGGAGUUUUACUUAGGUUCCAAGUGGCCUCCUAGGAGCCACGGGACAAAAUUCGAAACAGAUCAGCAGGGGGUUUAAAAUACCAGGCAUGAGGUCAGUGAGAGUAACUACUUCUUGUUUGCUGGUGAACUGAAUCUAUUUCUUCACCAAAUCUCUAUGUUAAAAUUAAAGGGAAGAAGUGACAUGAUAGUAGGUCUUAGAUGAAAAAUGCAGGCUGGGCAUGAGUCGUGUCUGACGUUUCUACAAUCCACAGAGAUGCCUGUCUGCAGGUCCUUGAAGUUACUCUUAGUGUUUGGUAUCCCAAGCUGUCCUUCAUGUUCAGAUACCACUGUCUCUGUGCUCGGCAGGGUCCUCAUUUGCUUGUUAACCUACGCAAAGGAGCCCCUGUCAGGCUGCACGAGCUGCACUGAUUUCCCAGUUCUGUAGAAAUGAGUAAGCUCACGGCAGGGGGAAGAAGACAGUCAACCCAAAGAGAUUCUCUAAGUUAUUCUAAUAUUGCCUUUGAAGGCCUUGACUCAUUCUUAGAGUAUUUCAGUAAAGAAAUUCCUACCAUUAAUUACAAGUCUAAAAUUCUGUUUCAAAUUCUUCAGGCAUUGGACCAUUCAAAUGUCCCAUUCUGGAGAAUUGCAGGAAUAAAUAAAACCUUCUGUUGAGAACAAUGAACAUUUUCCUCAGUAUGAAAAUUGAUGUCAAUUUUCAGGUUGCAAAAAUAUGUGCAAAUUAAGGCAAGAGGAAAUUUUAUUUCCAACUUGCUUCUGGUCACUCACAGAGGUGUCAUAUUAGUUGGGACGGCCUUUCCAUCCAUAGAACAAGAGAUUCCCCUGAUAACAAAGGCCAGCUGACUCCUCAGGGCCACCUGCUGUGGCCACCAGAUUUGUGUCCACAGGGACACCUCUGUGAUGUCUAAUUGCCACAUCGCUCUCAACCAUCCCUGUUUAUAAACUCAGGCAGUGCAGAGGCAAUUCUAAGAAGGAGUAGGAACCUAUGUUCCCAGCAUAUGGAAAAUUUUCAUAAGUUUUCAGGUAGUAAAAAUUGCCCAGAAGUUUGUCAGCAACUUUGUUUCCUGGGUCUGAGAUCAUACCCCACUGAGAGGUAUGUAGUGGGGCAUAGUAUAUGCAAAACUCCUUUUUCUCACUCAAGAUUCCUUUUCUGUCCUACUCUCCCUUGUUGCCUGGCAUGUCUUUUUUUUCAAGAGUGAUUGGACAGCCUCAUGCUUUCUGCAAAAUAACACUCUGCCUGGGUAUAUGUGAAUGUAUCCCGAACACCAACAUACCAUAUCUUCCCUGUUUAAGUAUGACUGUCUUGAUAUAGGUGAGGUUUAUCCAGGGUAACUUGCUCAGUAAAUAUUCCUUUUUUUGGCCUGGAGUUGAAAGGGACAUGGCUCUCAUAGGUGAAAAUAAGGAAGGCCAGGUUUUACCUUUUAGUGCUGGCUGUCUUCCACCAGCCACAGAGAUUUCUAUCUGCAAAGAUCCAUGAAACACUGCAGAGAAAUGCAGACAAAAAGAAAUGGCCACAUAUCACAAGUUCUAUUAUAUAUUCUUUUGUAAAUACACAUUGUACAUUACUUGGAUGUUUUCCUAAAUCAUUUACUGUCUUUAUGAGUUAAUGUCAGUUUUUUACCCUCUCAACUUACUGUGUAACAUUGUAAAUAACAUAAUGUCCUUUAUUAUUUAUAU